UUGGCUCAUUGGACUGGAGCGCUGACAGGGAAAAAUAGAAGCAAUGUGCUGAACAGGAAAUUGUGACAUUACUUUCUGUAAUAUUAAACCUUUAAACUCAGUUAGAGUAAAAAACAUUUUCGCGGCUCUUGACCGUAAGUUGGUUUAUAUCCUCGCGACCAGCAGUUGGUCACAGCAACGUCACGUCCUUGGCUGAUGAUCCAGGGAGGGACAGAGGAGUGACCGCUGCGAUAAGGCUGCCCUGCCCCUAAAAGCAGCCAUAUCUCCGGACUAUCGGCAUGCCAGAGUCUGCCUGCUGCUCUUCUUUUCUUCGUUAAUUCUCCAAACAUAAGAAAACAUCCCUGCUGAGACAUGAGCUGGCUGCCUAUGAUUGGGAUGACGGCCUUGCCGCACGUCGGAGGGCUCUACGGUGGCUUUAUUACACGUAAAGAGGUGAAAACCUGGUAUAAGACUCUGAACAAACCCUCAUGGCGUCCACCAAACAAAGCGUUUCCUGUGGUGUGGACGUGCCUGUACACAGGAAUGGGGUAUGGCUCCUACCUGAUCUGGAAAGAGCUCGGCGGAUUCACUGAGGAUGCACUGGUUCCACUGGGACUUUAUGGGCUACAGCUCGCUCUGAACUGGGCCUGGACUCCAAUUUUCUUUGGUGCACACAAGCUGAAAUGGGCUAUGGUGGAGAUCGUCUUUCUGACGGGGACGGUCGGAGCCACCAUGGUGUCUUGGUAUCCCAUCAACCGCACCGCCUCCCUGCUCCUGGCACCCUAUCUGUCCUGGCUGUGCCUCGCCACAGCCCUCAACUACCGCAUAUGGAAAGAUAACCCAGAGGAGAAGGAAGAAUAGGAA